GAGUCAUCAGCUACCACUGAAGCUUCUGGAGAAGGAUGCACCUUUUAUUUUCACAAAGGAAUGCUUUGAAGCGUUCAAUAUCCUCAAGGCAAAGCUUACAAAUGCCCCAAUAAUGGUCUCUCCGGAUUCCAACCUCCCCUUUGAACUCAUGUGUGAUGCUAGUGAUUUUGCAGUGGGGAUGGUGUUAGGUCAAAGGCGAGGACGACAUUUUCAACCCAUAUGUUAUGCCUCAAAGAUAUUGAAUGGGGCUCAAGAGAAUUACACAACUACUGAAAAAGAGUUGUUGGCAGUCAUCUUUUCUUUCGAGAAGUUUCGGUCCUAUCUUGUGCUUUCAAAAGUAAUUGUCUACACAGACCACUCUGCCAUCCGAUUCUUGACGAGCAAGACCGAUACCAAGCCCCGAUUGAUAAGAGUGAUCUUGCUCAUUCAAGAGUUCGAUGUGGAGAUCAAAGACAAGAAGGGAGUCGAGAACCUUGUGGUGGACCAUCUCCCUCGACUCGAAGGUCCUGGGGGAACCACUUCGCAGGACGAAAUAAAUGAUACACUUUCCCCGAUGAAAGGUUGUUCGUCAUUGGUGUAGUGGAAAGUGCAACCCCUUGGUUUGCCUGCUUUGCCAAUUACUUGGUCGGAGAGCAACUGCCAAAGGGGACGAAUACUAACGAGAAAAGGGAAUUCUUUGCCGACUUUUGCUACUACUUUUGGGAGGAUCCUCACUUGUUCAGAAUCAGAGUCGAAGGGAUCAUCUGGAGGUGUGUUCUGGAGGACGAAAUGAAAGCUAUCCUUAGCCAGCGCCAAGAUGGGGUGACAUGAGGGCAUCACGGGGGCAACCGCACGGCGAGGAAGGUCCUCCAAUCAGGGUUCUACUGGCCUUUAUUUUUUCGGGAUGCCGAUUCAUUUGCGUGGCAAUGAGACAACUGCCAAAGGACAUGUAACAUUUCUAACCGCAAUGAGAUGGCCUAAACAAUUUACAUUACAUGUGAGAUUUUUGACGUUUGGGGCAUUGAUUUCAUGGGUCCUUUCCCAUCAUCUUUUGGAAAACAAGUACAUUCUAGUGGCCUGGACUAUGUCUCGAGGUGGAUUGAGGCUCAAGUCCUCCCCACCAAUGAUGCAAGACGAGUUUGAAGAUUUCAAGAAAUUGUUUUCACGUUUUGGGACCCCUAGGGUCAUCAUUAGUGGUCGAGGAACCCCCUUCCAUGGACAAUUUGAUAAACUCCUCGAUUGCUAUGGUGUCACCCACCGAGUCUUUCAUGGCCUACCACCCUCAAACAAGUGUUUAGGUGGAGUUGACAAAUUGGGAGUUGAAAAGGAUUCUAGAAAAUACUGUGGACCGAUCCCGUAAAGAUUGGUCCACAAAGCUCGAUAAUGCUUUAUGGGCAAACUGCAUGGCCUACAAAACACCAAUAGGUGUCUCGCCUUACCAAUUGGUGUACGAAAAAGUGUGCCACUUGCCUGUAUAGCUAAGCAUAGGGCUUUAUGGGCUACCAUACUAUUAAACAUGGACCCAACUUGGUAUGGAAAUGAAAGGAAGUUGCAGGUGUUGGAACUCAAGGAAUGACGUCUUCACGCCUACGAGAACACUAAAAUUUACAAGGAAAAGACGAAACGCAUGCAUGAUGCUUGGCUCAAAGGUGCCAAAGACUUCCAUCCAGGGGGAGAAGGUGAUCUUGUGCAACUCUAGGUAGGGCUGGGCAUGCGGGCGGGUCACCCGCGGGUUUAGGCCGAUCCGCCCGCAUUUGACCUGAAUUUGGUUAUGUGGAUGGAUGUGUGGGUGGGUGACGGGUUGUGCUGGGAGGAAUCCGUCGGGUGACGGGUGGGUUGUGGGUGACCCGCACAACCCAACAACAAAAAGAACAAAGUGGUUGGCGCUGGAGAGUGGAGACACUGACGGAUAUUAGGGCUACUCCUAGAGAUUGAAUAUCAAAGCCAAUCUUACAAAUAUCAACUUCCCUAUUCUUUCUUUAUUCUUUCCUCUGAUUCUUGUGCCUAAAUCACCUCUAUUUCCUCCGUAGAAUUAUUUUUCUUAGUUUCCUUGCACCCGAUAAUCAUCUCCAUCUGUAGAAAACUCCUCCAUAAUAGAAUUUCUAUCCAAUUACAUAACUAAUUCAACGUUUUCUCUUUCUAUUCUAUCUUCUUGUUUCCGUAUGAUAACUCUCCACCAAUUAUCUCUGCAACUUGAAGUGAAUCUCAAGUUUGGAGAGUGAAUGGAUGUUGAAUGGAAGUUGAAAUGUAUUUUUAUUUUACAUAUCGAUAUUCCACAAGGGUUUCUAAAUAUAAAUGGAUCAUGUCA